GAAAAAUCACACUAAUACUCCUAGUUCAAUCAGGUUCGAAUGCAGUGAAAGUGCAAGCACCAUCGCCGUUUCUCGCAGCGCAAUGGGCAAAGAAACGGAAAUCCUCUGUCGCCUUGCCGCGAACCAUCUCCACCUAGCUCAAUUCGAACCCUUACGAGGCGUUCUCCUUGCCCUCCGAACCCGAAACCGUGACCUAGCUCGCGAAAUUCUGCAAACAAUCGUUGCUCGAUCGGGUCGAUUCCGAAACAUCGCGUGGUCGCACUCUUGUUCAUCUCCCGCUCUCCUCACCUACCUAUCAACACUCGAAUUGUUGCAAUUGGAUAACGCUUCCUCGGCAUGGAAUUUCGACCAAGACACGUUGCGGUUACGCGCCGAGUUCCUGCUACUGGUUCAAGAUUUGAUCGACCUGGUGUUACAAGGUUCGGAGGAGGAGCAACCGGGUUCGUUAGGAAAGUGUAAAAGAGUUUUGGAUGGGGUUUUAGAGUUAGGUGUGAAGAGGCUGAGAGUGGAUGAGGAUGUGGAUGGUGAAAUCGAGAGGAGUGAGAAUUGGACUACUGCAAGUGUGGCUUCGGUUGAAGAAGGAGAGUUGAUGAGUUUGAGGAAGUUGAUUUUGGAUCAUGCGGAUAUCUUUGAUGCACUAUGUGUGAAUAUUCAUUUGCAAAUUAGGCAUUGGGAGGGUGACGAUCCGGGUUUAGCAAUUGCUGUGAAGGGAGGUGAGGAAUUGGAGGAGGAUAUUAAGGUGCUGUGUGGGACUCAGAGGACUGUUCAGGUUGCUCAUCUGGAUGCUAUGAGGGAGAGUCUCAAAGUGGAUGAUGCAGAAGGGGCAGUUUCUCAUAUCCGUUUUCUCCAUUUUGAUUAUGGACUUGAUCAAUCUGAGUACCGCAUAGUUUUGAAAGAUCUCCUGAAGAUCGUUUUAUCACGAAGUGAGAAGUUUGGGGACUCUUGGCGUAUCAUGCGUAAUCAAUUGCUAAAGAUUUAUAGCGAAGCUCUUUCAUCAAAUUGCAGAGAUAUUGUUCAAAUCAUUCAGAGCAUUCACGAUGAGCUAUUGUCUGAAGAGAUCGAAAUGGAUAGAGUUCAAACUGACAACUUCAUUCCACGUCCUCUUGUACGUCUUCAAAGAUAUCUGGCAGAACUGAAGCCCGGUAAGAAUUUAGAUGAUAAGGCAUUCUUCCUGAAUGAGGUAAUCAGAUCUUGUAAGACAGAGAUGUAUCAAUAUGCUCGAGUUUCUGGACUACAUGUUCUUGAGUGUAUUAUGGAUACUGCCCUGUCAGCUGUGAAGAGGGAGCAGCUGGAAGAAGCUAGUAAUGUCCUCCAAUUGUUUCCACAACUUCAGCCUUUGGUAGCUGCCAUGGGUUGGGAUUUAUUGGCCGGUAAAAUAGCAGCAAAGAGGAAAUUAAUGCAACUUCUCUGGGCAAGUAAGUCGCAUGUAAUUCGGAUUGAAGAAUCUUCUCUUUAUGGUAAUAAAUUGGAUCAGAUGUCCUGUGUGGAGCAUCUAUGCGAUACUUUAUGUUAUCAGCUUGAUGUUGCCUCUUUCGUUGCUUGUGUGAAUUCUGGCCAGCCUUGGAAUUCAAAAUUCUCAUUAAUGCUUUCUGGAAAAGAACACGUGACAUUUAGAGAGGAAGAUACUUUUUCUGAUCCUUUUGUUGAGAACUUCGUGUUAGAACGGCUUUCGGUCCAAAGUCCUCUCCGGGUACUAUUUGACGUUGUUCCAGGCAUAAAAUUCCAGGAAGCCAUUGAAUUGAUCAGUAUGCAGCCAAUUGCUUCUACUCUGGAAGCCCGGAAGAGGAAGCAAGAUGUAGAACUAAUGCAUAUGCGUUAUGCUCUAGAAUCAACUGUACUUGCUUUAGGAGCAAUGGAAAGGAAUAUGUUUGAUGAAAUAGAUACUCGUCGAGAUGUGCCAAUAUUUCAUUUGAAGGACUUGCAGAGCCAUUUGGAUGCAAUUAGUAAUCUUCCACGCAAGGUUUUGAUGGUCAAUGUCAUAAUUUCGCUACUGCAUAUGGAUAAUAUGUCUGUUAACUUGAUGCAUUGCGGAUCACCAGGGAGCGAUUCUAAAUUAUCCAAUUCGUCGGAAGAAACUUGUCCAACUAGAAGUGAAGUGGGAAAUAAAAUGGUUAUAUCUUUCACUAGUUUGCUACUUGAUAUAUUGCGUUGCAAUAUUCCAUCAUCUGUGAUUGAAUUAGAGAAUGCACUAGACAAUGCUGUAAGCACGGCGAGCAGACAGGCUCUUGAGUGGAGAAUCUCAAUCCCAAAGCGUUUCAUUGAAGAGUGGGAAUGGCGUUUGUCAAUUUUGCAGCAUCUUCUACCAUUAUCUGACCGCCAAUGGAGAUGGAAAGAGGCACUGACAGUGUUACGCGCAGCUCCUUCCAAGCUGCUUAACCUUUGCAUGCAGAGAGCGAAGUUUGAUAUUGGAGAAGAAGCGGUUCAUCGAUUUUCAUUAUCUGCUGAAGACAAAGCUACCCUUGAGUUGGCCGAAUGGGUAGAUAGUGCCUGCAAAAUAGCAUCUGUAGAUGAUGUGGUGUCCCGUGUACAUGAUCUAGAUUUUUCCUCUUUACGCUCUCAGUUGGGUUCCUUGGCUACAAUUCUUCUUUGCAUUGACGUUGCUGCAACUUCUGCGAAGUCUGCAAAUAUGUCUCAACAGCUAUUGAGUCAGGCCCAAACUAUGUUAUCUGAGAUAUAUCCGGGAGGAUCUCCUAAAGCUGGCUCCACUUAUUGGGAUCAGAUCCUUGAAGUGGCGGUCAUAUCUGUGUUACGGCAUCUUCUAAAGCACUUACAGGAGAUCUUGGAGCAGGACAACCCUCCAGCACUUCAGGCAAUCCUAUCUGGGGAAAUUGUCAUCACAUCAUCAAAAGAGUCCCACCGGCAAGAGCAGAGGGAGCGUGCUUUUGCUCUGUUACAUCAGAUGAUUGAAGAUGCUCAUAUUGGCAAGCGACAGUUUUUGAGUGGUAAGCUUCAUAACUUUGCAAGAGCUGUCGCUGAUGAAGAAACCGAACCAAGUACUACUAGAGGUGAAGGAUUGUAUGCUGAUCGGGGUGUUAAUUCUAACAGUGACAAGGACAUUGUACUUGGGUUUGGGUUAAGAGUUGUUAAACAAACACCUUCAAGUUCAACUGGAGGAGAAACUGGUCUGCAGUCUUCUGGUUACAACAUUAAAGAUUCUGGGAAGAUAAUAUUUGCUCCCUUGAGUGCCAAACCUAUGACAUACCUGUCACAAUUCAUUCUUCAUGUUGCUGCGAUUGGCGACAUAGUUGAUGGGACUGAUACUACUCAUGAUUUUAACUUUUUCUCUGUCAUUUAUGAGUGGCCUAAGGAUCUUUUGACCCGUCUUGUUUUUGAAAGGGGCAGUACUGAUGCAGCUGGGAAGGUAGCUGAAAUUUUGUGUGCUGAUUUUGUACAUGAGGUGAUUUCUGCAUGUGUGCCUCCUGUUUAUCCUCCGCGAUCUGGACAUGGAUGGGCAUGCAUUCCAGUUGUUCCUACUUUCCCUAAGAGCAGCUCUGAAAAUAAAAUACUGUCUCCAUCAUCUAAAGAUGCAAAGCCUAAUUGCUAUUGCCGUUCUUCAGCGACACCUGGAGUCGCUUUAUACCCUCUCCAGUUGGAUGUGGUGAAACAUUUGGCAAAAAUAUCCCCAGUGAGGGCUGUCUUAGCAUGUGUAUUCGGGAGUAGUAUACUGUACAGCAGCAGUAGCUCUUCAAUUUCAAGCUCCUUAAGUGAUGGAUUACUGCAGGCUCCGGAUGCAGAUCGGUUGUUUUAUGAGUUUGCUCUUGAUCAAUCUGAAAGGUUCCCAACUUUGAACAGAUGGAUACAAAUGCAAACUAACCUGCAUCGAGUUUCAGAAUUUGCUAUAACUGCUAAUCCAACAGCUGAUGAUGGUAACAUUGAAGCAAGAACUUCUGUUAAGAGAGUUCGUGAACAUGACACUGAGGCAGAGUCGGAUGCUGAUGACAUUGCUAGUAGCAGUACAAUCCCUGUAGCUCUGACAGACCUAAAUAGCCAAGGGGUUGAAACCGUAGACUUCUGGCAUGAAUCCUCAAAAUCUGAAGCUGCUCGACUUGACACCACAGUUUUCCUUUCUUUUGAUUGGGAUAACGAAGAACCAUACGAGAAGGCAGUGGAACGGCUAAUUGAUGAAGGAAAGCUAAUGGAUGCUCUUGCACUUUCUGACCGCUUUCUACGUAAUGGGGCCUCCGAUCAGCUUCUUCAGCUAAUCAUUGAACGUGCAGAAGAGAUCCAUCCAAAUUCUGCACAACAUCAAGGAUUUGGAGGGCAUAAUAAUUGGAGCAAUAGUUGGCAGUAUUGCCUAAGGUUGAAAGACAAAAAGCUGGCAGCUAGACUUGCACUGAGGUAUUUGCACACAUGGGAAUUAGAUGCUGCUUUGGAUGUUCUUACAAUGUGCAGCUGCCAUCUGCCUCAGAAUGAUUCUAUAAGGAAAGAGGUUUUGCAAAUGAAACAAGCUUUGCAGAGGUACAGCCACAUAUUAAGUGCAGAUGAUCAUUAUACGAGCUGGCGAGAGGUUGAAGCUGAUUGCAAGGAAGAUCCAGAGGGGCUGGCACUUAGAUUAGCUGGAAAAGGAGCUGUUUCUGCAGCACUAGAAGUGGCAGAAAGUGCAGCAUUAUCAAUUGAUUUACGGAGAGAGUUGCAGGGGCGGCAGCUUGUGAAGCUUCUGACAGCUGACCCACUUAGUGGUGGAGGACCGGCUGAAGCCUCACGCUUUCUUUCUUCAUUACGGGACACAGAUGAUGCUUUGCCUGUUGUUAUGGGUGCAAUGCAGCUUUUGCCCAAUUUGCGGUCAAAGCAACUUCUUGUUCACUUCUUCCUGAAGCGGAGAGAAGGGAAUCUGUCGGAUAUCGAGGUUUCUAGGCUUAAUUCAUGGGCUUUAGGGCUUCGUGUGCUCUCUGUCUUGCCAGUGCCAUGGCAGCAAAAGUGUUCUUCCCUGCAUGAGCAUCCUCAUCUGAUUUUGGAAGUGCUACUCAUGAGGAAACAAUUGCAAUCUGCUACACUGAUAUUAAAGGAAUUUCCUUCUUUACGAGACAACAAUGUAAUUACUACAUAUGCAGCUAAGGCUAUUGCUCUCAGUAUCAGCUCGCCUCCUAGGGAACAUCGCAUCUCUGUUUCCGGAUCAAGACCAAAGCAGAAGGCACGACCAGGAGCCCCGCCAAGGUUGUCUUUUACGAGCAGUUUAAGUAACUUACAGAAAGAGGCUCGAAGAGCUUUUUCAUGGGCUCCAAAAAAUACUGUGGACAAAAAUGCUCCAAAAGAUGUUUAUAGGAAAAGAAAAAGUUCUGGAUUAUCCCCCUCUGAUAGAGUUGCUUGGGAAGCAAUGGCUGGAAUUCAAGAGGACCGUAUUUCAUCUUUUUCAACAGAUGGGCAAGAGCGGCUUCCUUCCGUCUCAAUUGCUGAGGAAUGGAUGCUUACAGGUGACCCACCAAAAGAUGAAAGCAUUCGUUCAUCUCACAGAUAUGAAAGCGCCCCUGACAUUACACUGUUCAAGGCACUGCUUGCUCUUUGUUCUGAUGAAUUAGUCUCUGCCAAAGUCGCCCUUGAUUUGUGCAUUAAUCAAAUGAAGAAUGUCUUGAGCUCUCAGCAGUUGCCUGAGAAUGCAUCUAUGGAGACAAUUGGGCGAGCAUAUCAUGCCACAGAAACAUUUGUGCAGGGUCUACUAUAUGCCAAGUCCCUGCUAAGAAAGCUCACAGGUGGUAGUGAAUUGCCAACUAAUUCUGAGAGAAAUAGAGAUGCUGAUGACACAUCAUCUGAUGCUGGCAGUUCUAGUAUGGGUAGUCAAUCGAUAGAUGAACUAUCUGAAAUCCUAUCACAGGCAGAUGUUUGGCUGGGACGUGCAGAGCUUCUCCAAAGCCUUUUGGGAUCAGGUAUUGCUGCUUCUCUUGAUGACAUUGCUGAUGGAGAGUCAUCUGCCCAUCUCCGUGAUAGGUUGGUUGUGGAAGAACGCUACAGCAUGGCUGUGUAUACCUGCAAAAAGUGUAAGAUUGAUGUCUUCCCUGUGUGGAAUGCAUGGGGUCAUGCAUUAAUUCGGAUGGAGCGCUACGGACAAGCUCGUGUGAAGUUUAAGCAAGCUCUUCAGUUGCACAAGGGUGAUCCUGGACCUGUGAUUUUAGAGAUUAUUAAUACUAUUGAAGGUGGCCCACCGGUUGAUGUUUCAGCUGUUCGUUCUAUGUAUGAACAUCUGGCUAAAAGUGCGCCCACAAUCUUGGAUGAUUCUCUUUCUGCUGAUUCAUAUCUCAACAUCUUAUACAUGCCAUCAACAUUUCCUCGUUCGGAGAGAUCAAGACGAUCUCAUGUAUCUACAAAUAAUAAUUCUGUAUAUAGUCAAGACUUUGAAGAUGGUCCUCGGAGUAACCUGGAUAAUGUUAGAUACACUGAAUGUGUUAAUUACUUACAAGAGUAUGCACGUCAGCAUUUGCUUGGUUUUAUGUUUAGGCAUGGUCAUUACCGUGAUGGUUGCUUAUUGUUCUUUCCUCCUGACGCUGUCCCACCACCACCACAGCCAUCAACCAUGAGUGGAGUGUCAUCUUCAUCUCCCCAAAGACUAGAUUCUUUGGCGACUGAUUAUGGGACGAUCGAUGAUCUGUGUGAAUUGUGUAUUUGUUAUGGUGCUAUUCCUAUUUUGGAGGAAGUUAUUUCAACUAGAAUGUCUUCAGCUAAAUCACAGGAUGCAGUGGUGAAUCACUAUACAGCAACAGCCCUUGCCCGUAUUUGCCUCUAUUGCGAAACUCACAAGCUUUUCAAUUAUUUAUACAGGUUUCAGGUAAUUAAAAAGGACCAUGUUGCUGCUGGACUCUGUUGUAUUCAGUUGUUUGUGAAUUCUUCAUCGCAAGAUGAAGCCGUUGGACAUUUGGAACAUGCUAAGAUGCAUUUUGAUGAAGGAUUGUCCGCAAGGCACAAAGGCGGAGAAUCUACCAAGCUUGUCACAAAAGGUCUUAAAGGAAAAAGUGCCUCUCAAAAGCUUACCGAAGAAGGUCUGGUCAAAUUUUCUGCUCGGGUAUCAAUCCAGGUUGAAGUUGUUAAAACCUUUAAUGACUCAGAAGGACCGCAAUGGAAACAUUCACUUUUUGGGAAUCCAAAUGAUCCUGAAACUUUUAGACGAAGGUGUAAAAUUGCAGAGAUUCUUGUUGAAAAGAAUUUUGAUUUGGCAUUCCAAGUGAUCUAUGAAUUCAAUCUUCCUGCUGUUGAUAUAUAUGCUGGUGUUGCUGCAUCUCUUGCUGACAGAAAAAGAGUCAGCCAAUUGACAGAAUUCUUUAGAAACAUCAAGGGCACAAUAGAUGACGAUGACUGGGACCAGGUCUUGGGCGCUGCAAUAAAUGUAUAUGCCAAUAAGCAUAAAGAACGUCCAGACCGUCUAAUAGACAUGUUAACUAGUAGCCACAGGAAGGUUCUUGCUUGUGUAGUUUGUGGUCGUUUAAAAAGCGCAUUUCAAAUUGCUUCACGGAGUGGAAGUGUGGCCGAUGUUCAAUAUGUUGCUCAUCAGGCACUGCAUGCAAAUGCACUUCCCGUGCUUGACAUGUGUAAGCAAUGGUUGGCUCAGUACAUGUAAUCUAUUGCUGGCAGAAUCUGUGGAUUGUCCAAUGUGCACCUUUUGGUCUAUUGUUGAUGCACUAGAUGUGUAGGAAGAAGGAAUCAGAUCAUAGCCAUUUCUCAAGGGAAGCGGUUAGGACCAGAGCAAUGGGAAUCAAGCAUUAAUUGUAAAAAUCGAGAGAUCUUAUGUUGUCUCUGUGAUUUCAGAGUUUCUGGAUUUGUUGAAGCAGCUAUCUGAGUCUGUGUGAUCUGAGGGUCUACGAACUUCCGAGUUGGUCCAACAUAUGUGUGGUAGUGCUACCGUUGCCAGAUACUGAAUUUGGGACCAUGUGAAUGUCAACGACGAUGGUGCCUGAAGUUCUUAAGCACUCGAGAAUUGACUCUUUCACCCAACGAAAAUUAUUCUUUAGUAUGGCAAUGCAAAGGAGAACUCUACAAUUGGUUGCAUAAUAUUGAAGUUUUAGAGUAGAAUAUUUGUACAUGAAUUUUGAGCAUGUAUCAAUGUAUCAAAGAAAAUUGUUGUAAAGAUGUCAUUCAUUUCAUUUGGUGUUUCACUCGGUUUUAAAUCAUUGGGCGGAUCUAUUUUGCUUUAUC